AGGUUUUCCUUUUCCUUUUGCGAGAGACGUGUCGCUUUGGUCUCUCUAUAUAUAAACUAAAUCAAGAGAGUUAAACUUCACAAUCUCUCGACUCUCAAUCUGAUAUAUUGUCUCUCUUAAAUUCAUAUUUGGUUCUUUGAUAAUCGAUACGAAACGACACAUGGCGAUAGAGAGACAAGAGACUAACGAGUUCCCUAACGGAGUCGCCUUGUUCUCGAAGCAACGUCGUAAUAACACCAGUAACGAUAAACUCGGCUUCUUCGAUUCUCUGACAUACAACUCCUCGGGAUCACAACCUUCUACUGAUGCAAUCAUCAUCAUCGAUGACGAUGAGAUGGUAACCCUAAAGCCGAAGAAGAAGAAGCCGAGAUUCGGGUCUCGGAGGGACAACGUCGACCCAUUCGACGAACUAAGUUGCGUUGUCAAGGGGUUACCGCAGGCCAAGGGCGACGAUGGUGUUGCAUCAAUAGCGGAUUACUUUUCUUUUGAUCUCCACGAGGCGAACAAUAAGAACGAGGAUGAGAGAUCAUUACCGAUGAAGGAGAACAAGCACGAGAGUACUGUCGGUGAGAGUAGUACUACAAGGAAUAAGGGUUAUGAACACGUGACCCUUGAGGAUCUAGGGGUUUCGAUGGAAGAACUCAAGAGUAUCCAAUGGGAAUCGUUUGAUCCAACAUGGGAGAUUAGGUCGGAUCCAUGGCUUGGUGGCUACAUGGAAGACGUCGACAUUGAUUUCUCUUUACUUUGAUUGUCCAAACUUAAUUGCUUCAUCUGAGUCUGCAUGCGUUUUUUGAACAAUUCGUGUGUUUAUGUCUUUCGUUGUUUGGAUAUGUUGCUUUCUUUUCGUUCUGCGCUUUAGUUUGGUAAAUUGAAAUUGUUG